AUGGCGGCAGCUCAGGUAGUCCCGGUCCCCGCGAUGGCGGGAGGAGGAGGAGGAAGAGGAGCGAAAGGCGAGACGUUUUCGGACACGAGCAGGAAGGACGAUAUUCGUCAGGCGAACAUCAUGGCGGCUAAGGCCGUGGCGGAUGCCGUGCGAACGAGCCUGGGUCCCCGGGGGAUGGAUAAGAUGCUCACCACGGCCACUGGAGAGGUCAUUAUCACCAACGACGGUGCCACGAUUCUCAACAAGAUGGAGGUGACACAGCCAGCGGCGAAGAUGCUGGUGGAGCUGUCCAAGUCGCAGGACAUCGUCGCAGGCGACGGCACCACCACAGUGGUGGUGGUGGCGGGUGCGCUACUGAAGGAGUGCCUGUCGCUGCUGGGGAAGGGCAUCCACCCGACAAUCAUCUCCGAGGCUCUGCACAAGGCUGCUAAUAAGGCCGCCGAGAUCCUCACCACCAUGGCGGUGCCGGUGGAGCUGUCAGACCGUGAAUCGCUCGUCAAGAGCGCCAGCACGUCGCUCAACAGCAAGGUGGUCAGCCAGUACUCGUCUCUGCUUGCCCCGCUAGCAGUCGACUGUGUUCUGCAGGUGAUGGACCCCAGCCACCCAGAUGUGGUGGAUCUUCGGGACAUCAAAGUGCUCAAGAAGCUGGGCGGCACGGUGGACGACACGGAGAUGGUGCGCGGGCUGGUGUUUGACCGCAAGGCAAGCCAUGCAGCAGGCGGGCCGUCGAGGGUGGAGAAGGCCAAGAUCGGACUCAUCCAGUUCCAGAUCUCGCCGCCCAAAACCGACAUGGAGCAGUCCGUGGUGGUCUCCGACUACACCCAGAUGGACCGCAUCUUGAAGGAGGAGCGCAACUACAUUCUUAACAUCAUCAAGAAGAUCCGCGCCACGGGCUGCAACGUGCUCCUCAUCCAGAAGUCCAUUCUGCGCGACGCCGUCACCGAUCUCUCGCUGCACUACCUGGCCAAGGCGAAGAUCCUCGUGGUCAAGGACGUGGAGCGGGACGACAUCGAGUUCAUCAGCCGCACUCUCAACUGCCUGCCUAUUGCUAACCCCGAGCACUUUCGUGUGGAGAAGCUCGGGCAGGCGGAUCUGGUGGAGGAGGUGCCUGUUGGGGAGGGUCGGGUGGUCAAGAUAACAGGUAUUCAAAACAUGGGGCGGACCAUGAGCGUGGUCGUCCGCGGGUCCAACAGCCUUGUGUUGGAGGAGGCGGAGCGCAGCCUGCAUGACGCGCUCUGUGUCGUGCGCUGCCUCGUCAACAAGCGGUUCCUCAUUGCGGGAGGAGGGGCGCCGGAGAUAGAGGUCAGCAGGCAGCUGGCGGCGUGGAGCAAGCAGCUGGAGGGCAAGGAGAGCUACUGUGCGAGAGCGUUCGCCCAGGCCCUCGAGGUGGUGCCGUACACGCUAGCGGAGAAUGCCGGGCUGAACCCCAUCUCUAUUGUCACAGAGCUGCGCAACAAGCAUGCCGAGGGGGAGGUUAGUGCGGGCAUAAACGUGCGCAAGGGAGCCAUCAGCAACAUGUUUGAGGAGAAUGUGGUGCAGCCGCUGCUCGUGAGCACAAGCGCCAUUUCUCUCGCUGCGGAGUGCGUCCGGAUGAUUCUCAAAAUCGACGACAUUGUCAUCACUAGAUAG